AUACCUCGGACUUUGUGGUAUUUGUACUCACGCUAUAAAAACAGCAAGUGUUGACAACAGCUAGCUUUUACUUAGUUCACAAUUUAUCUGACAGUGUGAGAAACUAACUGUGAAAUGGAGGAUGCUGCUGAUAUUACCCUCAAUGAGCUACUCUCGCGCAUGCUCUCAAAGUUUGAAAAUGAAGACUACGCAAGAAACAUUCGGCCUAGUUCCAACUCAGACUUUGACCCUGCCUACCCUCAGGUGUUUCUGCUCACGUCCAAGUGGUACAAGGAGCCCUCCUUUGUCAUGGAGCAGCUGCAGGGACUAUAUACUGCCAGUGUACAAGUUUCAAAGUCUGGCGAAGAAUCCGUUGUCAGGGCAACGACUCGGAGAAAAUGGGCUAUAGCUCGAGUGGUGAGGUUUUGGUUAGAGCAUUUCCCCGAUGACUUUCGUGCCAUCACCCCCCUCCCACGUCUGGUGGAAGAUCUACAAAAGGUCAUGACCUCUAGUGGGGACAAGGAUCUCUCUGAAUUCGUCUCCCUGGAUACGCUCCCCGAGGAUCCUCGCUGGUUCCAUCACUCCCUGAGCACUCCCAUGAAGAGGGAGUUCAAUGUUGUACGGCGACCUAGCCUCGGGUUUGAUGCCACCUCAGCUGAGGAACUGGCAGAGAUCAUGUGCUCUCUAGACUACAAGCUAUUCAGGAGAAUUCCGAUACGAGAGUUCUGCCUAUAUGCCCACGCAGCCAAGCCAAGCAAGGAGACUCCACGCAUAGAGGAGUGCAUCCAGCUGUUCAACGGGCUCACUCUCUGGGUGGUCUGCAACAUACUGCGAGAGUUCACCAUUGUCAAGAGGGCAGACAUCAUUGAGAAGUUCAUCGACACUACCAAGCACUUGCACAGUCUCCAUUGCUAUAACACGCUCCUGGCGGUGGUGGGAGGCCUGAACCAUUUCAGUGUCCGUCGCCUCAACCAAACGUGGGUACAUGUGGACAAGGCCAAGAAAGAGGAACUCACUACAUGGACUGAGUUCUUCAGCUCUCAUAUGAACUACGCCAAGUAUCGACAGACUGUGACUGCUCUCCAUGGAGGCUUCCAUAUCCCUGUCAUAGGCAUCCUGCUCAAAGACCUUGUAGCCGUGGACUCUCAGUCUAAGGACUACAGUGACUCCAGUUUGGGAGUGGUCAAUAUCAACAAGUACCGUCUCUUGUGGACCCUACUCUCUGCCAUGAAACAAGCUCAACUCACAACCCCAAAGACACCACCUGAUGUCGAGCACAUGAGGAUUCUCAGGGCUGCAGUGAACCAGGCUAACAUGGAUGAUGAUGCCCUUGAGGAGUUGUCUGUCUCUCGAGAGCCCCGAUCACGAGAUUCUAACUCUAUUACUCGCUCCGUGGUGGACCAGCUUCCCAAAUUCUCAGAGUGGGCCGCAGGGAGACAGGGAUCUCUUGAUGGCGACACCCUCUCAAAGCAUGUCCGGCAGAUGGUUGAUGCUGUGUUUCGAGCUUACGACAGUGACAACAGUGGUACGAUCAGCACUGAAGAGUUUGACUCCAUCUCCUCCAACUUUCCCUUCAUUGAGCACUUCUCUGUUCUCGACCAGGACAAUGAUGGUACAAUCAGUUACGAAGAGCUUCUCUCCUACUUCCUAUCUGCCAACACUUCACUGAGACAGAGAUUCACUCACAAGUUUGAGGAGCACACGUUCCUCUCCUCCCCCGUCUGUGCUCACUGCAAGGGAAUGAUGAAAGGUAUAGUUCGUCAAGGUGUUCGGUGUAAGGACUGUGCCAUCAGUUGUCACAAGCAUUGCAAGGAUUACGUAGUUAUUGACUGCAAGAAGACCAAGGAGAAGAAAAAGGGGAGCAAGGGGAGACAAGCCAGUGCUGUCAAUCCCGAGGGCUUAGAGCUCUACUGUGAUGAUGAUAUAUCACUCAAGGAGAGACUCCAGAGGGCUGAAGUGGCCCGUGAUGCCCUCUCUGCUGAGAACUCUGAGCUACUGGCCAAGCUGGCUGAGGCCAAUGCUAAGAUCCAUCAGCUGCAGAGCCACAUAGCAGUCAUACGACAACACACCAUCGGCUUCAUCCUCGAGCAAAUGAAUACCCUUAACCCAUCAAUGACCGCUCCACCUGGUACCGAGGUCUAAACUGAUUUAUUCCAACUGCACAAAUACUCCAUAGUUUUUCUGUCACCAAGUAUAGAAUUUUUUUUAUUUUUUUACGUACCGUUGGUUUUUGUUGAAACUUCACAGCUUAUAAGUGAAAAAUCUUUGCAAAGUAGUGCACUUUGCAUAUAACUUU